AUGGCGCCUUCUUCGCGGGCCAAAUACAGAGCCAAACAAGACGACGUCGUCUUCACACCUCAAGAACGGGCUAAGCUCGACAGCUUUCGCGCGGAAAGACAAGAGGCUGGUGACCAUGCGAGGGCCAAGUAUGCACAGCUAGAAAAAAUGAGUAGACGGGACGCUGUGACAAAGGCCAAACUGUGCAACACAACUUUGGAAGUUGCCAGAGACAUAACCUACGCUCAAUCUGAAUUCUUGAGCCACUGGCAAACCGAUGUGCGCGAGAACCCGCACCGAUCACCUUUGGAAACUUUCCAGCUCAAUUUCCAGGCCUACAUAGAGCUUUUCCCUUCUACCUCGCUGGACGAUAUCUACGAUCUCUCCUUCACCCUGCGUAACAAGGGCUCAGUGGGAUGUGCAAAGACUGGCCGACAGAUGGUCAACCUCUGUGCCGAGCUUGGUCAUGCUGAGGCCGUCAUUCAGGUCGUCGCCUCUGCUCUGCGUCAGAGUGAAACCAAUCCCAGCAUUAUGAGAUCCCGCCCCGUCAUGAUAGCCCUGGACCGCCUACGGACCGUUUCAAAAACUGGCAAUCUGCGUGCCAUAGUCAUGGAGGCCAAUGUGGCUCGCCACGCCAACCAAGUCAAUCGAGCCAUCACUCUGUACGAACAAGCUCUCGACUUGAUCAGCAAAGACGAUGGGUCACAGAUGGGAGACAAGUACAGCAAGAUCAGAGACGAGCUUUCAUCACCAUGGAUCGAGUUGGGUUUCCUUCAUCACACACGGGGCGAAUAUGUGGCAGCCAUGAAAGCUUACGUAGUAGGCCAAGAGCAAGAUGACCCAAUGGCCUACUUCAACCUCGCCCGUCUAGACAAAUUCAUGACAGGCGGCCAGUACACACACGACUGGCUCUACAACAUCACCAAAGCCGCUGCCAGCGGACACUUUAUCGCCGCCUUCGAGUUAGGCGAGUACUAUGCAAACUCAGCUGCUCCCUCCGAGCCACAAACUUCUUUCCUCGAUAAACUCAAGGGCUUUGGUUCGUUCCUCUGGAAGUCAAAUCUCAAUCUCAAUCCAAAAGCAAACAUCCACCACCACGAUGCCUUUGCAAAUAAGCCCGAGCUGCGCAUCAAACUCGCACAUCAAUGGCUAUGGGCAGCCAGUGUGAACUACUACUUGCCCGCGAGCAUAGCGCUGGCCGAACUGCACUUGCAACAGUUCAUCUACCCAGAGGGAACACUUACGAAACAACUCGACCUCUUCGGCGACAGCACAGAUCCCACCGCCAUAGUGAAUCCUCUGUUCGAUCCUCGCAAAGCACAGGCCAGAUUGACCGAGGUUCUGACAGCAUGUCAGACGAUCACGGAAGCAAAGAGAGUCAGCACGACCAACGCUGAAUACCUUCAUACGGCGCGACCAUGGAGUUACCACGCCGAGAUACUCGAGGCAAUAGAAGGCAAGGAGACACUACAGGAUUUGAAAGAACAGGCGGAAAUGAUAGCCGAUGCUGCCGGUAUUGAUUUAUACAGUACUGAUGAACUACCGGCAGGGAUUCCUCGCCUGGGGAUUUUAAGACUCCACAAAGGUACAAGAGGCGAAGGCAUGUGCGAGAUGCCUUCGAGCACCAAGGAACAAGGUGAAGAAGCAGCAAAGCGGUCUGGUUAA